UAAUCGGGCAACCAGUAAAAUGCUACAUAGUCAGACAGAUUCACUGAGUUGUUCAGACAUUAUCUGCUGGCCUUGCAAUCUAUCCAUGACAUUUUGCUUUAGCACAGUCACUGCCUUGUCGUGCAAACCAAGCUCAGUCACAACUUCACAAGGAGGGAGAGUUUGUCUAGAGCAGAAAGGCCCUAUCUAAUCUGUAAAUGUUUCACAUUGCAGUACUUUGCCCUACAAUUAUUUGGCCAAUAGUAAAAAAAAAAAAACUGGAAUGACAAGCGCAGGUACUGUAUUCUUUACAAUCCAUUAAGAGGGAGAGGAGUUUGUUUCCACAACGAUAAACCUGUGGUCUGAUCUCCAUGGAGAUGGCCUAGGUUCUGGUUUCCAUGACAUUAAGGGGUCUGAUGUUGGUGGUGAUUCUGCUGUGGACUGUCACACCCACAGAUGGGGGAGAGGAUUGUGUCCUGCCCUGCAGCUUCCUGCCUGGCAGUGAGGAACUCAGCCACUGGCUGAAAGUAGAAGACAAGGACCUGACCGUCCACUCCCACUACAACAGUACAGAUCAGCUCAAACAGCAGAGCCAGCGUUUCAGAGGGAGAACAGCCAUGUUCAAUGACCAGAUCCCCAAAGGAAACGCUUCACUACUGCUGAGAGGGAUCACACUCCAGGACCAGGGCAGAUACAAGUGUUACACCAGCACUAUUAAAGGCAGCAAGGAGUCCUUCAUUAACAUAGCAGUGGAGGCUUCAUUCCACUUGGUGGACAUACAGUUAUCCGAUGACAUCACCUGCAGUUCUACAGCAAAUACAAAUGGUCCAAAUGAAAACAGUCAGAGUGGAAAACCACUUCAGAAUGAAGAAGGAAGAGGGGAAGACAUAGAAAGACAACAAGGUCAGCCACUGCAGACACACUAAGUGCCUCAGACAGAAGAGGGGACAUAGACCCAGGGGAGGACAAAGAGGAAAGGUGACAAUUGGAUACUUUAAGUUGCAAAUAAGCAAUGAUGACAUUUUCACCUACAAAAGGCAAUGGAUCCUUCAGAUCUACAUGGAGUGCCUAGCCAGAGGGUUGUGGCUAUUACAAUACAUUGGGAUAAGUAGUUGAUUUAUUGUGGAACAUAGUUUAAGUUUUAGUUAAAUUUAUUGUGUGUGUGUGUGUGUAGCAGUGUGAUGUUGUUCCCCUAGAUUAUGCACCAAGUUGCACACAAGGACCAAUUCAAAUAGGCCAGGUCAAGAGGGGAUGUUUAUAAUUUGAUAAUAAUAAUUCAGUGUGUUUUUUAAAUUUAAUUACAGCUGCAUAGCUAAUGUUAUUUGUUGUUGUACAAACACUUUUUCAUAUCAAUAUUGUAAAAGUUGUAUAUUUUGGUUUGGCCCAUUAUCUGUAUUUCCGUACCCCCUUAUUGUUCUCUUUUGCCUGACCUUCGGCUUGAAAGGUAUGUUGUCCUUGGCUCCAAAAUUGUUCAAUAUAAAACUGUGGUAAUGUUACAAUGUACUGUUGUGCUACCAUAGGUUUGUUACAAUGUGGACAAUAUAAAGAUUUAUGGUAACAACUUUCACUGAGCUCGCUAACUAGGGUAUCUAUUGUAACUUGUGAGUACUUGGGACAGUGUUUGAGUGAGUGUCCAUGUGCUCACGCAGGUGCCUUAGAGCUGUGAAUGUGCCAAGGGCUAAAAUAUUGUGUGUUGUCUCUUCGUGUGCAGGUAUGUCUUUUAUUUUGUCCGAAUUAUGUUCUAUAUCAUUUUACUUGUAUACUAUGGUGUGCUGUUGUGCACUGAAUGUGUGUACGCAGCAUCUGCUAUUCCUUUUUGGUUCUCUUUUGCCUGACCUUCAGCUAGCAAGGUGCCUGAGAGCUGUGACUGCGCCAAGGGCUAAAAUAUUGUGUUGGCUCUUUGUGUGCAGGGCAAAUAAAAAAUAAUCCAACCAGCAGACAUA